CAAAGCACAGCACGAUUAAAAUGCCCUGCCCUUAGGAGCAACAAAAACAUCACAUCACUUUCACCAUUCGUCCAAUUACAACUGGAAUUGAAGAUGAAGAAGAUUCGAUCAUGACUCAUGAAUGAAUGGCGAAUGAAUCAACGAGGACUCAGACUGAGGUGUAAAUGUAAUCACAGAUCUGUUUUCAAAUAAACGAGGAAAUUUAUUAAUUCUUACGUUAUCUGCCUCCGUGACUGUGGUUCGACUCCAUAGAUGUUCUCUUUCUCAGCUCAGCUCAGCUGAUCCAUCCAUGGCGCUGCUGCUGGUUUCACAAAUUUAGUUCUACAAACAAUCAAGGAUGAGGUUUUUUGGGAUCCUUAUUGUAUCCUGUUCAUUGCUCUAUUCUGGAAGAUUGAAUGCAAAGUCUUCUGCAAGACCAGCUGUAGUGAAUGUUGGAGCUAUUUUUUCUCUCGAUUCCACCAUUGGAAGAGUGGCCAAGCUCGCCAUUGAUGAGGCUAUUAAAGAUAUCAACUCCAACUCGACUAUCCUCAGAGGAACCAGACUCGAUGUUCAUUUCGAAAACACAAAUUGCAGCGGAUUUCUAGGCUUGGCUGAAGCAUUGAAGUUUAUGGAGACUGAUGCAGUUGCAGUGAUCGGGCCACAGUCUUCUGUCGUUGCGCAUACGAUUCUGCACGUGGCGAACGAGCUACAAACUCCAUUUCUAUCGUUUGCAGCGACAGAUCCUACGCUCUCGUCGCUCCAGUUUCCAUAUUUCAUCAGGACAACACAGAGUGAUCUGUACCAGAUGGCUGCAGUGGCUGAUAUUAUUGUCCAUUACGGCUGGAAGGAAGUAAUCGUGAUUUUCCUCGAUGACGACUACGGAAGGAAUGGACUGUCUGCAUUAGACGAUGCGCUCGCAGCUGAGAAUUGUCGGAUUUCUUACAAAGCAGGGAUUCCUCCCGGCAACGUCAAUCAGAGCAGGAUAAUGGAUAUUCUCGUCAAGGUUGCGUUGAUGGAGUCUCGUGUCGUCAUUCUGCAUACAUAUCCGGGACACGGAUUCGCAGUCCUUUCCGUUGCAAACUAUCUUGGAAUGAUGGGCGACGGUUAUGUGUGGAUCGCAACCGAUUGGCUCUCCUCUGCCUUAGACUCGGCUCCUUUUCAUCGCUCCAAGACCAUGACGGAUACAAUGCAAGGAGUUCUUGUUCUGCGCCAACACACGCCCGAUUCGCAACAAAAAAGAGAGUUUACGUCGCGAUGGAAUGACCUUACCGGCGGUUCGAUAGGACUAAGCACCUAUGGUCUAUACGCUUACGACACUGUCUGGCUGCUCGCUCAAGCCAUUGAUACAUUUCUAAACGACGGUCAUUCGAUUUCAUUUUCCAACGAUACCCGGCUGCAGCAUUCCUUAAAAGGGGGUAGUAUUAACAUCGAAUCUAUAUCGAUCUUUGAUGGCGGUCGCUUGCUCCUGGAUAAUAUCCUGCAGAGUGAUUUUGUCGGCCUUACUGGUCGAAUCAAGUAUGGUCCGGAUAAAUCUCUCGUCUUUCCGGCUUAUGAGAUCAUAAAUGUGAUCGGGACAAGUCUCCACCGGGUUGGUUACUGGUCGAACUAUUCAGGUCUGUCGCCGGUAGCUCCUGAGAUGUUGUAUUCGAAACCACCUAACCGAGAGAGCGAAACACAGCAGCUAAACAGUGUUAUAUGGCCCGGGGAAUCGGCACAAACGCCUCGUGGAUGGGUUUUCCCGACCAACGGGAAGCUACUAAAGAUUGCUGUUCCUCGGAGGGUUGGUUACAAGGAAUUCGUUUCGCAAGUGCCGGGUACCAACCUCUCGAAAGGAUUCUGCAUAGACGUGUUCACGGCCGCUGUCAAUCUGUUGCCGUACGCCGUUCCCUAUCAGUUCAUUCCAUUCGGGAACGGCCUGGAGAAUCCAAACUACGACGAACUCGUGAGCUUGAUACAUACGGGAUUCUUCGAUGGCGCGGUUGGCGACAUUGCAAUCGUGACAAACAGGACGAAGCUCGUCGACUUCACUCAGCCGUUCGUAGCAUCCGGGCUUGUGGUCGUGGCUCCCGUUCAAAAAUUGAACUCGGGCGCUUGGGCUUUUCUGAGGCCGUUUUCUCGACAAAUGUGGGGCGUCACCGCUGCAUUCUUUGUGUUCGUCGGGAUUGUAGUCUGGAUUCUGGAGCACCGGAUAAACGAUGAGUUCCGUGGACCACCGAAGCAGCAGUUGAUAACACUUUUAUGGUUCAGUCUCUCGACGCUAUUUUUCGCGCACAGGGAGAAUACUGUGAGUACACUGGGAAGGCUGGUGCUGCUCCUAUGGCUGUUUGUGGUUCUGAUAAUCAACUCGAGUUACACGGCGAGCUUGACCUCGAUUCUCACCGUGCAACAGCUUUAUUCUCCGAUCAAAGGAAUCAAUUCCCUGAAAGAUGGCGACGAUCCCAUUGGCUACCAAGUGGGCUCUUACGCCGAACAUUAUCUGACUGAGGGAAUCGGCAUACAGAAGUCAAGGCUCAAACCUCUCGGAUCACCCGAAGAAUACGCCACAGCGCUGCAACAGGGUGCGGAGAAUGGAGGUGUGGCUGCAAUAGUCGACGAGCUACCGUAUAUCGAGCUUUUCUUGGCAAGCCAAUGCAAAUACCGAAUCAUCGGCCAAGAGUUCACCCGGAGCGGCUGGGGAUUUGUGAGUGAAACAUUUCCUCUGUUUUUUCCAUCACUUGGGUCGAAUAACUUUGCGAUCCGUUCUUGCAUAUUUUUGCAGGCGUUUCCACGUGAUUCUCCUCUGGCCACGGAUUUGUCCACGGCAAUUCUAACGCUGUCUGAGAACGGCGACCUGCAGAGGAUCACAGACAAAUGGCUAACAACAAGCGCCUGCAGUUCAGACAAUACCGAGCUUGAGUCGGACCGCCUUCACCUCAAGAGCUUCACAGGCCUUUAUCUUCUCUGCGGUAUAGCUUGCUUCAUUGCUAUACUAAUCCAUUUCUUGCAGAUUUUCCGCAAGUACCGGCAAGGUGCAGCCUCAGACGAACACGACCAGCCAGGCAGCUCGCACGCCAAACGCCUCCACGCGCUGUUGUCCUUGAUCGACCGAAAGGAGCCACAGAGCAAACGUAGGCGUACAGACAACCCUUCCGGCGAAAUCGUCGAAUCCAAAAGGGAUUCCACGGUUAGUAAUUCUCAACCUGGUUGUUACCAUAGCUGCAAUACAAGAACUUGACUUGAAACCCUAGUCGGAUGUUAAAUGCAUUAGUGAUUUUCAAUAUGAGAAUUGUAGAUGACAAGAACAAAUUUAGCAGACAGAUUAGUGUACUUACAAGUUGUAGGGAUGAAGAACUUGCAGAAUAUCCACCAUUAGUCGAUCCAUGAAUAUGAUAGAAUUUCUGUAGACAUUAUCUAAGAACUUGGUUUAUAUAGUUAGUAGUAUCAAUAAAUAUUUAUGUCACAGGCCUGGAAAUGUACAUUAAUCUACAAAUAGUUUACACACACAUGAAUUUAAAGAGUCUAAAGUCUGGUGUUCUUGAAGUACUUGAGGAAUGUUUCUUCCUCUGCACAAAAUAUAGAAAUUAUGCGGUAUACUUCGAUAAGAAGCUUAGGGAAUCGAGUCGAGAAGUACUCAUCGAAUCCUUCGGGAACUGAUCCUAAUAUUGCUUGGAUUUCUUUCGGAAGUUCCCUAUAGUGAUUCAUCUUGUUCCGUAUGACACGUAACAAGUCUCGCACGCUGUUGAAUUUGUAGCGCCUGUAGCGACCUAUGUCGUUGAUGAAGGCAGUGUCGAGGUUCUCGUCCCAUUUGCCGUUAAAAGCAGUUUUUCCUAUGCUUUCUAAAGCUUCUAGCAAUUCGGAUUUACUUUCUCUGUCCUCCAGCUCGACUCUGUCGCUAACGUCACGUAGGAAAGACAAUCUCAACUCGGAAUUCCAGAACAACGGAUGAUGAGUUACUUCUAUAGCCGUUGGCCUGGAGAGAAUCGAACCAAUGGAUCGAUGAAUAAUAAGAUGGUAAAACAUUUUUUUUCUUUAACUUAGAGCUUGUUAAGAAAUUACCUCUCGUUUGGAUUAGAAUCCAAAAGUCGAGAAAUGAGAUUUGUAGCUUCCGGGAUUCCAUCUAUCAAGAACAGAUCUUUCCGAUCA